AGAUGUUGUACGCAAGGGGGCUGACCCGGAUAGCGAGGUCUUGUUACGGCCGGCGCCGAUGGAUGAACUCUUCAUUAGGAAAUGUCCCCGGCCCCUCGCUCCUCGAGCACUCCAGCCGCCUUCGCUCCCCAGGUCAAUCUUUUCAAGAGUAGGCUUUGGGUUGCAGAGUUAUUUCUUCUUGGGUUUCGAAUGCUGUUAGUACUAUUGGGCAACAGGCUGCAGAUGAGGAGCCACUGGAUCCUUUUUCUCUUGUUUCUGAUGAAUUGUCUACUCUUGCAAAUCGCUUGAGGUCCAUGGUAAUUGCAGAGGUUCCCAAGCUUGCCUCUGCUGCAGAGUAUUUUUUCAAGAUGGGGGUUGAAGGAAAAAGAUUUCGACCCACAGUUCUAUUGUUGAUGGCAACUGCUUUAAAUGUGCCAAUGCAUAGGUCACUUUCUGAGACUGCAGCUGCAACUGAUACCUUGCCUGCUGAACUGCGGUCAAGACAACAAUGUAUAGCUGAGAUCACAGAGAUGAUCCAUGUUGCUAGUCUCCUCCAUGAUGAUGUGUUGGAUGAUGCAGAUACCAGAAGAGGGAUUGGUUCAUUAAAUUUUGUGAUGGGAAAUAAGUUAGCUGUAUUAGCGGGGGAUUUCCUGCUAUCAAGAGCAUGUGUGGCACUGGCCUCAUUAAAAAACACUGAGGUUGUUUCCCUCUUGGCUCAAGCUGUGGAACAUUUAGUUACUGGUGAGACAAUGCAAAUGACAACCACCUCUGAUGAGAGAUUAAGUAUGGAUUACUAUAUGCAGAAGACAUACUACAAAACUGCUUCGUUAAUUUCAAAUAGCUCCAAGGCUAUUGCCGUUCUUGCUGGACAAACAUCAGAAGUUUCAAUGCUGGCUUAUGAAUAUGGAAAAAAUCUGGGGUUAGCUUAUCAGUUAAUUGAUGAUGUACUGGAUUUCACUGGCACAUCAACAUCCCUUGGGAAGGGCUCCUUGUCCGAUAUUCGCCAUGGAAUUAUAACUGCUCCUAUAUUGUUUGCCAUGGAGGAGUACCCUGCGCUGCGAACUGUUGUUGAUCAAGGAUUCGAUGAUUAUGCGAAUGUAGACAUGGCUUUAGAUUUUCUUGGAAAGAGUCAAGGAUUACAGAAGACUAGGGAGUUGGCAGCAAAGCAUGCUAGCCUCGCUUCAGCUGCCAUAGAUUCCUUUCCUGAGAAUUAUGACGAAGAUGUCCAAAGGUCGAGGAGGGCACUUGUAGAAUUAACACAAAGAGUCAUCAACAGAACGAAGUAAGGAUAGUAAAUUAAACUCCUGCGCAGACACAUCAGGAAUCGGAAAAGAUUUCUUGCUUAUUAGCCACGACGAUGGAGAAGUUUUGUUUUUUGUUCAGCAUAUGUUAUUGGGUUAUUCAAUUCAAAGUUAAAAAUAAGUUUCUGCCAGGGAAAACCUCUGCAGUAAGAUAUAUAUAUAUAUAUAUAUAAUACAUAUAUAGAUGCAUAUUUAUGUGCUGGCGUGUAUAAUUCAAUUUAAUUAGGUUUACUUGAAGACUUAGAGGAAUUGAUUGAUC